AUGGGUGGCGCGUCCUUGUUCGCGCCUUCGUGUCUGCUUUCACUUUCAUGGCUCUUUUCUGUCGUCGUUGCUCAGGACUUCACUCCACCUCAAAACUGGCAGAACACGCAAUCGCCUCUCACUCGAUCUCAACGUCAGACGAUUGCCUGGAGUACCGCGCAGAAGCUUCAGAGUCACAUCGAUUCAUCCGGGAGCUUACCAUCGGGCACUUCGUUGACAUCAACAACCACUGCCAACAUCGCCAUUGCCUUAUCGAGCCAAGACCUGCUCAACGGUAACACGACCUGGAAAGGCCCAGUGACCCAGUUACUUUCUCAUUCCGACACGGGACUGAACUGGAAUGUCGACUUAUCAUACUUCGGGCUCGCCGAACUCAGUGCUUACCUUGCAUACAACGACACCACUCAUCUCGACAAUGCAGCUCGCAACUGGGACAUUGCUUAUACCGACUUUAUAACGGCCGCAGCGGCUCAGAGCCAUACCUACCCUCGAACUACCAACACGACGACUGAUUGUGGAUCAACGCUCGGCGGGUUGAUCUUUGACGUUCACACAGACCCAGAACACAACCAGGGAGUCUCUACGUACACGAUAUCAUCAUGGAUUGCGUUCUCCUCUCGCCUAGCAUCCCUUACGCAGAACACGACACAUCUCGACGCCGCCAAGCUGUCCCUCCAGUUCGCUCAAACACAUCUACUGAACCCCGGCAACGUUGCUGCGCCCAUCAACGACUCGUGGAGUGUCAGCCGCUGUGUCUCAAGUAAUGCGCCGGUGACUUGGGAUCUUGGACCGUUCAUCGAGGGUCUGAGCAUCGUGGCGAAUGUUACCCAGGAUCCAUCAUAUACGCAGAUGUUAUUCGAUCUCAUACCCAAUGCCACUGUCGCUUUCACCAGCAAUCAAGGGAUCGUUACUGAGCAGAAGUCAGAUUACCGCAAAGGCACAUUGAUCCGUGGUCUACUGGAGGCGAAGCACAGAAACCCGUCGAAUACCGCCAUGGCUACUCUUAUCGAUGAGUAUAUCACCGUCCAGUUCAAUGCCGUUCGCGCGAGCGCCAUGAUAGGCGAUGAUAACUACGCAACGUCUUGGAUCGGUGACACAGAUAGCUCAGCGUCGACGGACUACAAUUACGCAGGAAGCAUCGAAGCGCUGGAUGUGUUCAACUCGGCGUUCGCCUUAGCACCGCCGGGGACGCCCGUGCCAUCCCGUCAUUCAUCUGUAGGCGCUAUUGUCGGCGGCGUCGUCGGCGGCGUUGCUGGGGCUAUCGUGAUUGGUCUUGUCUUGUUCCUCUGGUUACGGCGUCGACGACGUGCGCGCGAAACACCGGUGCGCGAAGACAAGAUCGAGCUCGAUCCUACAGAGGCGCGAAUGGUACCCGAGCCCUUCUUAUCGACGCCAUCUGCGUACACUCGUUCCCGUCUCAUGUCAAAGGGUGGUUCAUACUCCCAGGUUGACACGAGCAGUGUGGAAGGGAGCGUACAGUUGAAUGCAUUGCAGGGCGACCGUAUACGGGGAGCCGAGAGCAACACGACGGGGACCGAUGGCACUCAUCCAGCUCUGUUCAACCUCGCGAGAAGAUUAGAUAACUUGAUAGACGUGUUGGCUGUUCGGAACGAAGUAGACGAUACGCCUCCAGAGUACGAUGCGAGGCAUCCUGGUUCCCACGCAGGUAAUCACGUUUGA